CAUCACCCUCUUCACCACAAUCUUCUCUCCCUCUGAGCUUUGCCAGUUUUUUUCAAAGUUUCUUCUACCGACGGCGGACUGACUUUAGAUAGUCCGCCAACCAUGCCCCGCCAAGACUCAACGGCCCCGGUGGGUAACUCGUGCGCCCUGCAGGGCCCCUCGAAUGCCAGCUACAACACCAACAACGCGCCGGUGCCAGUCAUCACUCAAACGGACUCCAGGGACAAAUGGAGCAAAAAGAUGGAUUUCCUCUUAUCUGUCAUUGGAUUCGCAGUAGACUUGGGAAACGUUUGGAGAUUUCCAUAUAUUUGUUAUCAAAACGGAGGAGGUGCUUUUCUCAUCCCUUACAUUCUGAUGGCCAUCUUUGGAGGGGUGCCGCUAUUUUACAUGGAGCUGGCGAUGGGCCAGUUCCACAGGACAGGAGCGAUAUCCAUAUGGAAACACAUCUGCCCCAUUUUCAAAGGCAUCGGGUUUGCCAUCUGCAUCAUCGCUCUCUACGUGUCCUUCUACUACAACACCAUCAUCGCCUGGGCUCUGUUCUAUUUCUACUCUUCCUUCGCCAGCACGCUACCCUGGACCAACUGUGACAACGUGUGGAACACGGAGAACUGCACCAACUACUUCGGGAAAGACAACGUCACCUGGAACAACUACUCCAGGUCUCCCGCGGAAGAGUUUUACACGAGGAACGUUCUAGAGAUCCACAAGUCUCCGGGGCUCCACAACGUGGGGAGUGUCCGCUGGCAGCUGAUGUUGUGCCUCUUCCUGAUCUUCACCAUCGUGUACUUCAGCCUGUGGAAAGGAGUGAAGACGUCAGGCAAGGUGGUGUGGGUGACUGCCACCCUGCCCUACGUAGUCCUCUUCAUCCUGCUGAUCCGGGGCGCCACGCUGCCGGGCGCCUGGAGAGGGGUGGUAUUCUACCUCAAGCCCAAGUGGGAGAAGCUUCUGGAGACAAGCGUGUGGGUAGAUGCAGCAGCUCAGAUCUUCUUCUCUCUGGGACCAGGGUUUGGGGUCCUACUGGCGCUCUCCAGCUACAACCCCUUCACCAACAACUGCUACCGCGAUGCCAUCGUGACCAGUCUGGUGAACUGCCUGACCAGCUUUGUGUCUGGGUUUGUGAUCUUCACGGUGCUCGGCUACAUGGCUGAGAUGAGAAAGGUGGAGGUGGAGGAUGUGGCAAGGGACAAAGGCCCCAGCUUGCUGUUCAUCACGUACCCAGAAGCCAUCGCCAACAUGAUGGGCUCUACGUUCUUCGCCAUCAUCUUCUUUGUGAUGAUGAUCACCCUCGGGCUGGACAGCACGUUCGGAGGUCUGGAGGCCAUCAUCACGGCCGUGCUGGAUGAAUACCCAGGGUACCUCUCCCACAGGCGGGAGCAGUUCGUCCUCGUCCUGGUGAUCGUCUGUUUCCUAGGCUCCCUCAGCACCCUCACCAACGGCGGGGCUUACGUGGUCAAGCUUCUGGAGGAGUUUGGCGUGGGCUCUUCCAUCAUAGCUGUUGUUUUCCUUGAAGUUAUCGCCGUGUCAUGGUUCUACGGGAUCCAGAGGUUCAGUAACGACAUCCAAGCAAUGCUGGGAUAUGCUCCCGGACUGUUCUGGAAGGUCUGCUGGGUAGCCAUCAGUCCAGCCUUUCUUGCGUAUAUCAUAGUGAGCUCCCUGUUGAAGCCUCCUCCCCUGACGCUGUUUGACUACAAGUACCCAGACUGGAGCAUCUCAGUGGGGUACGUGAUCGGAGCCUCCUCCUUCAUGUGGAUCCCUAUCUACAUGGUCUACAAGCUGGUGUGGACCCCAGGAUCCCUGAAACAGCGCCUGGCCGUGUGCCUGCGACCUGAGAGGACCGUGCCAGACAUCCACACAGACAACCUCAACAUGACGCCCAUCCCGUAGACACAGCCCCCGCCGCCGCCGGCCCAGCCAGGCGCGGCGGCGGCGGCACUACCUGUUCCUGAAGAGGACCACGCUCUGACAACACAGACCACACCCCUGGGGACCUAGCACACGCUAAGCAGGCAGCUCAACGGGUUCAACACACACCAAUUAGUAUUAAGAGGAAAUAUGAUAAAUGCGUUCCCAAUUGGAAAUGUAAUAGUCUUUAGGUAAGCUGUAUUAUCUCAAAAAUACACUCUUUAGGUUGGUUUGGUGUUCGUCGUCAGUCAUGUAGGGCGAUGUGCACAGAUGACUUCAGAUUUCACACACGUGACUGAAGACUGAACUUCCAGCAGCCUGUACUCUACCAAGAUUCUAGGGACACUUUGCAAUCCAAUCGCUCCUUUCCUAAACCAGAUAAACCAGCUGAAGUACUUACAUGACAAUAUACUUGAUUACCAUGCCAAGGAAUUACUGUAGGUGUUCUAUCAUUCAACAACGAAAAUUAUCUUACGUGAUUCUGUAUGUUGUACACCUGACAAACAACAGCCAGAGCUGUUUCUUUUCAUUUUAAUCGUAAAUAUAGGGAAAUGGAAAACCUUGAUCAGUGCAGUUAUAGCCAAUAUCAAUGUGAUUUGUUACGUGUGAAAAGUAAAACAAAUGUGAUAUAUUAAUGGUUCAUAUAUUUCAAUUUCUACUCAUUUUUAUUUAUUUAUUAUUUUUUAAGUGUGACGAUUACCUCAAAAUAGCAGUGUUAAUAUAAGACUAAAAACACUGCUAAGGAGAAAUCAGUAUGAGGGAAUACCGGAUACGAUCUCUCAGUAUUCCCUUGUUCUUUAUGCUUUAUUUAUGUCAGGUAUGAGUAUCUCUGUAGGAAGAUUAAUACAAGAUGAAACAAGACCACUACAUGAAGUGUUAUGUUAAAUAUUCCCAAGUGUUUGUUGUUGAGCCAAACAACUUCCAGUGUUUUUUUUUGCCUUAAAUAUGCCUAUAUAUUCUAGAUAUGUAAAAGAAAUGUAUAAUCUGUAUUGAUUUUGUGCCUCUCCAGACAAACAUAAAACGUUUUUUUGUUUUCUUUAUAAUUGAACACUAUUCUUUUGUGCAGAUAAAAUACCUAGGCCCAUAUCAUAGCCAGCCAGAGAUUUUACAUAUUUUCAUGUAUUUACUAUUUUGAAUUGUCUAUAAGAAAUGUAAUGAGAAGUUUAUUUCUAAAUAUAUUUUGAAUGUCUUGUGAUUCCUGUCCAUCUCUUGAUUCAUUUGAUCCUGUACUACUGUUUGGAUGUGUCAGAACUGUUCUCUACCUGUGCAGUCCUGAGCGCGAAACAUGAACGCUAUAAAGACGUACAAAUUACUAUCCUGUCUGUUAUCUAAGAUGGUUAAUCAACAAAUCCAAGUCUAGAUUUCAAGACAAAAGCCACAUCACAUUGUAUUUUUCAUUGGUUAAUGAUGUUCCUGAAACAUGUUGAUUGACUGA